AUGUGGUUACGAGAUGAGCGGUGUGGGGAGUUCUGUAAGGAACUUUGGCAAACGGGUGGGGCAGCUCUUUUGGCAGAUGAUGUUUCCUUGAAGAUACAGAUGAUGGGAAGGGAACUGAAAUUAUGGGAAUCGAGGAGCUUUGGUCGUGUUAAAAAACGAUGCAGCGAGAUUAGAAAGGAAUUAGCAGAAUUACAAAAACCAUCGUUGGAGGCUUCGACGAAAGAUGACCAGCGGGCUCUUGAGAAUGAACUUGAUGAAUUAUUGCAACGUGAAGAUGUGAUGUGGAAACAAAGAUCCAGAACUGACUGGAUGGCGGAAGGGGAUAGGAAUACUAGCUAUUUCCACAAGGUAGCCGAGGGAAGAAGGAGCCGAAACCAUAUUAGAGAGAUUAAGAUGGUGGAUGGUAGAGUUACUAGAAAGAAUGAGGAGAUGGAUGAGGUGUUUAGAUCAUACUUUCAGGAGCUUUUUACGUUGGAAUCCCCUCAUAACCCAGAUGUGGUGCUUCAAUCCAUUGAACCUGUUGUUACAGAGGAGAUGAACAGAGAGCUCACCGCCUCCUAUACUCAGGAGGAAAUUGUCCAAGCAUUGAAACAAAUUCAUCCUCUCAAGGCCCCUGGGCCUGAUGGUAUGUCUGUUGUUUUCUAUAAUUCUUGUUGGUCGUCGGCUCGUUUUGAAGUUGUCCCAAUUUUGCUCGAUAUUCUCAAUAAUGGUGCUACACCCAGGCUUAAGAGGUGUCUUCCUUCCAUUAUUCAUGAGAGUCAGUCUGCGUUUGUUCCUGGUCGGCAUAUCACUGAUAAUGCCAUUUUGGCUUUUGAGAUCUUUCAUAUGAUGAAGAUCAAUAAAGCCAAAGAUCAUGGAGUGUUUGCUUAUAAACUGGAUAUGGCCAAGGUGACUCAUUUGUGUCGUCCCGGGGUUUACGAUAAGGCGAUCCUUUAUCCCAUUUUUCUCUUCCUCAUGUGCGCGGAGGCUCUCUCUGGGCUUCUAAGACAAGCGGAAACGAGGGGCUUGGUGCAUGGGGCUAGAUUAUGCCGAACGGCUCCAAGAGUGAGCCAUCUCCUCUUUGCUGACGAUUUUAUUAUCUUCGGGAGGGCAAACCAACAGGAGAUUAAUGUGGUGAAGGAAGUUCUCAGAGAGUAUGAAGAGGUGUCGGGACAAAAAGUUAAUCUGGAUAAGUCCACCAUCUCUUUUAGCGGAGGUGUGGCCACGGCUAAACAAGAAGCUUUGGCUAUUCAGAUGGGAGUGGGGCUUACGGGUUGUAGGUCCAAUUAUCUUGGGAUUCCGAGUAUUGUGGGGAGAUCGAAAACUGAGAUUUUCCAGAUGUUGGUGGACAGAACGAGGAAGAAAUCUAAGGAUUGGAAAAGAAAAUUCUUAUCGAGGGCUGGAAAAACUGUGCUUAUAAAGGCAGUUCUUCAAUCGAUUCCGACCUACCUUAUGAGCUGUUUCGCACUACCCGAAUAG